AUGGAGUCCAUGUUGAAUAAAUUGAAGAGUACCGUUACAAAGGUAACGGCUGAUGUCACCAGUGCAGUCAUGGGAAAUCCUGUUACCAGGGAAUUUGAUGUUGGCCGACAUAUUGCCAGUGGUGGUAAUGGUCUUGCCUGGAAGAUAUUUAAUGGAACUAAAAAAUCAACAAAACAGGAAGUGGCUGUUUUUGUUUUCGAUAAGAAGCUAAUAGACAAGUAUCAAAAAUUUGAAAAGGAUCAGAUUAUUGAUUCUUUAAAACGAGGUGUUCAACAGCUAACCAGGCUUCGACACCCUCGACUACUUACUGUUCAACAUCCAUUGGAAGAAUCCAGGGAUUGCUUGGCAUUUUGUACAGAACCAGUUUGUGCAAGUUUAGCUAACGUUCUUGGCAGCUGGGACAACCUACCUUCUCCUUUACCAUCUGACAUUAAAGAAUACAAACUUUAUGAUGUGGAGACCAAAUAUGGUUUGCUUCAGGUUUCUGAAGGCUUGUCAUUUUUGCAUAGCAGUGUGAAAAUGGUCCAUGGAAAUAUUAAUCCUGAAAAUAUAAUUUUGAAUAAGAGUGGAGCAUGGAAAAUUAUGGGCUUUGAUUUUUGUAUCCAGUCAACAAAUCCAUCUGAACAGGAGCCAAAAUUCCCUUGUAAGGAAUGGGAUCCAAACUUGCCAUCCUUGUGUCUUCCAAAUCCUGAAUAUUUGGCACCAGAAUAUAUUCUCUCCGUGAGCUGUGAGACAGCCAGUGACAUGUACUCUCUAGGAGCUGUUAUGUAUGCAGUGUUUAAUAAAGGGAAACCAAUUUUUGAGGUCAACAAGCAGGAUAUUUAUAAAAGCUUUAGUAGACAGCUGGACCAGCUGAGCCGUUUAAGCUCCAGUACUCUUCAGAAUAUACCAGAGGAGGUGCGUGAACAUGUAAAGCUACUCUUAAAUGUAGCUCCAGCAGUCAGACCAGACGCAGAUCAAAUGACUAAGAUACCGUUCUUCGAUGAUGUAGGAGCAAUGACGCUUCAGUAUUUUGAUUCAUUAUUUCAAAGGGAUAACCUUCAGAAAUCACAGUUUUUUAAAGGACUACCAAAGGUUCUGCCAAAACUACCGAAGCGUGUUAUAAUUCAGCGAAUUUUGCCUUGCUUGACUUCUGAAUUUGUGAAUCCUGAUAUGGUACCCUUUGUCUUGCCUAAUGUUCUCCUAAUUGCUGAGGAAUGCACCAAAGAAGAAUAUAUCAGGCUCAUUCUGCCUGAUCUUGGUCCUGUUUUUAAGCAGCAAGAACCAAUCCAGGCAAGCAACAUGAUCUUGUUGAUCUUCCUGCAAAAAAUGGACUUGCUUCUAACCAAAACUCCACCCGAUGAAAUAAAGAACAGUGUUCUACCAAUGGUUUAUAGAGCCUUGGAAGCACCUUCAAUUCAGAUCCAGGAGCUUUGCCUAAACAUAAUUCCCACAUUUGCCAAUUUAAUAGAUUACCCAUCAAUGAAAAAUUCAUUAAUUCCAAGAAUUAAAAAUGCAUGUUUGCAAACGUCUUCUCUUGCUGUCCGGGUAAACUCACUAGUGUGCUUAGGCAAGAUUUUGGAGUACUUGGAUAAAUGGUUUGUGCUUGAUGAUAUUUUACCUUUUCUACAACAAAUUCCAUCCAAGGAACCUGCAGUGCUAAUGGGAAUUUUAGGUAUUUACAAAUGUACAUUUACUCAUAAGAAGUUGGGAAUUACCAAAGAACAGCUUGCAGGAAAAGUAUUGCCCCAUCUGAUUCCUCUUAGUAUUGAGAACAAUCUUAAUCUCAAUCAGUUCAAUUCUUUUAUUUGUGUUAUAAAAGAUAUGCUUAAUAGAUUGGAGGCAGAGCAUAAAACAAAACUUGAGCAACUUCAUGUCAUGCAAGAGCAACAGAAGUCUUUGGAUAUAGGUAACCAAAUGAGUGUGUCUGAAGAAGCAAGAUCUAGUAGUACAAGCAAUCAGAUCGACAAGGUAUUUAAUACUAGUGGAACUGACCUUCUAAUUAGUGGAUCUGAUAGUAAAGAGAAUGAGAUGUCAUCAAAACAGAAAAAGGCAUCACUUACACUUGAAGAGAAACAAAAGUUAGCUAAAGAACAAGAACAGGCACAGAAACUGAAAAGCCAGCAACCUCUUAAGCCACAAGCAACUGCAAUAACACCUCCAGUGAAGCAGACAAAAGACUUGACAGAUACCUUGGUAGAUAAUAUGUCAUCUUUGACUAGCCAUUCUAUCAACAAAGCUAAAGUUGCAUCUUCAAACAGCUUCUCUUCUGUCCCUUCUAUGGGUGUUGGAAUGGGAUUUUCAUCACCUAUUGACAACACAAAGAUAAAUAUAACAAACGGACUAAAUACUAAUAUGGGUUUUCAGACUGCUGGAUUCAGUAUGGGAGCUGGUCCAAACACUCAGAAUUUCUUCAGUGGUCCAAGCGCAACAGCAACAACCAAGAUGAACAUUGUACCGACUGCCAAUAUGCCAAAUUACAGUCCUAUGAAUGCUGCCUCUGCAAUCUCUCCACUGACACAACAAAACAGACCCCCAGAUAUGUCUGCUUUAGAUAAUCUUUUUGGUCCUCAAAAACCCAAAGUUAGUAUGAAACAGUUGGCUCAACAGAAAUCAAGCCAGUGGGUUAAUCAGUUUGUACCCCCGCAAGGGUCCCCGAGUGCAAGCAGUUCAGUCUUGGGACCUCAGAUGAACAUGAUAGGACAGCCUGGCUUUGGUAUACAGGGUAAUCCUUUCUUUGCUCCUCAGAACUUUACACAACCAGCAAACACAAUGACAAACAGCAGCUCAGCUAGUAAUGACUUAAAAGAUCUUUUUGGGUAAAAUGUUUUGUUUUCUUCUUUCAAAGAUUGAGGAAAUUUGGAUCAUGGGUAAGCUGAUUAACAUCUUUUUUUUUAUUAGUAAAAGCAUGACUUGGGAAAACUUUCAACCCAGCAAAGUAAAGACUUUUGCACUGGAAAAAAGACUUGAUUUUGCAUUCACCUGGUACUACAAUCGAAUUGCGUAAGUGCAGAGUCAUCUUAUGUGCUAAAGAUUUCCUGUCUCUUUACCGAACAUCAGAGCACUGAAGGUAUAUUCAAUCGAAAAAGAAGCAGCUAAGUAUUUCAAAAUUAUUCAGAAGUGUAUUCAAUCAACUCCUAUGAAAUUUCCUAGGGGGUAAUAACGCAAUCCUGCAGCCCAGUCCUUUCAGUGUCUGCAAAAUUCUUACUGAUGACUUGUGUUGCCUGAAUUUGGCACAAACUGGGAAAAAGUAAAUUUUCAUGCUGCCUCAAAAAGUUUUGUUGGCCAUGUUAUGUAGAAAGAUCACUAACCAGUAUCUGUGUAAGAGGCUAAGAAGAGAAAAUAUUUUGCAUUUCUUCUCUUAUAAGAUAAUUAAAAUUGAUGUGGUAGUAAACUACAACAAGAUUCAGGCAUAAGAAGUUGUAAAAUUUUGUACAAGUUUGGGACAGAGUAAGAACACUGCUCCAAUGGUCAUGCUGGUUUACAACCUGUUUUAUAAUGCUAGAUCCUUGCUACCAGCCACAUAGCAAAAGCAACAUACCACUUAAGCAGGAUUUUAAAAUACAUGUGGUGGCAUGAUCACAUUUAUUAUAUAUUCCAGUGUUUUGGCUAAUUUGAUACUGCUUCUAACUGGUGUGAAAAAAGAAUAUGAAUAGUUAUGGAACCUCCUAAAAAGAAUGUUCUCUGUAAUAUUAAGAUGCUGACUGCCCCAAUUGUGUAACUAAGCAGUUCUGUGUAACUAAACACACACUGUUUAGUUACACAGUACUUUAUAGAUUUUGGCUCCACUGGGAAGAUGGAAAAGGAUUGCCUCGUACAAGUUGCACAUGGUUGUGUGAAAAAGCAGACUGCCAUAAAUUGCCUUGACUAGAAUAAACUAUUUAAUUUUAAUUUUGUUUUAACUCAAGUCCUUAUGAAGGAUAGAUGAAUAUGAAGCAAGUUCUCAAAUACAGAUUUGAACUCUAGAAUAUAUGAUAAAUACACAGGUAUUUCUGAUCCUUUUUGUUGUAUUACUCCAAAUUUAAUAAAGUUCUCCAGAAAACCAAACAGUAGUUUCUGCUACUUCCCAGAAGGUGUAUGUUCAGCUUGCCCAUGAUAGAAUCUGUGCUCUGUCAGAUGCUACUGUUGGGUUUUAACUUUUUCUUCCCUAGGAAUUUCAGGAGCUUUCUUACAUAAUAUUUUGAAGACUAUAGCUGGCUAUUUUGAGAAGGAAAGAACUAGUUACCUUUUUUAUGGAAAGCCUACAUGCUUUAUUUUUCAAAGCCUUUCACUGAAGAAAUUGUUCUUUCAUUUGCUGCUUAAGAAACCAAAGGGCCUUAUGCUGUAAAUGUGACUUGUAUUUUGUUAUAUUUCCACAGUUCUAAGCGGUAAUAGCAUUAAGCAUAUUUCUUAAAGAAUUGUUUAUGUACUAUAGCUGCUGCCUUAGUCCUAUUAUUUUAAAAUACCUGGGACCAGUGAAAUUGUGGUUUAGACAACAGUACCUAACACAUUGUGAUGCUUACGUGCUGUUAAUAUUCAUGGUAAACAUUGUAGGUUAUGUUAAGAUAUCUGUGUAAACUUAAGACAAUACUAGAACUGUUAAAGUAUUUAAAUUCAUUUACACUUACUAGUAUUCUAUACUCUCAAUCACACUAAUGUCUUCUUUUAUGUCAACUUUUGAAAGCUACGUUUUGUUAG